AUGUCAUUGGCAGCAUACACUCCAUCAGUAUCCAGCACUGCACAAGAUGGUAUUUUCCGUUGCUUAUGCACUCCUUGCCUUUGUCCUUGGUGGAAACCCCGCAUUCAACCCAUCUUUGACUAUGAUGAAAUUGACGACCUUGAGUUUGAGAACUUGCUGAGCUCGUCUGGAGCUACUGGUCCCUUCCAAAGCCCACCUGCUGCUACUGCCUUUUGGGAAAGUUUGGCUUCUUUAUUUCGCUUUAGGUCCUUAGGCUUUCAUACAAACGAGGGUGCCAUACAGACUGACAGAAGGAAUCAAAGGUCAUUUUCAUAUACUUACAACUACUCGCCUGUAAGAAGCAGUGUUCCUGUAUAUGGUGCAACAGGCGACGCUGGAGGGCAAUCACCAAAUCACUUUUUCAACUCUAGAGCAGUUCCUGCUGAUCAUUCCGAUUUUAUACUGGAUAGCGACGAUGCUCUUUUUGGACAAACUGAAGCCGAUGCAGUGCUCAUGACUGAUGAACAAAUCCAUACAAUCACUGCUGCCGCUUCUUCCAUUCGACAUUUAGGGGGGGAUGCAUUAAGAACCAAGAGUAAUCAAAAUGAAUACAUUCAAAACCUUCCACAAGCACUUGCACCACCUACAAUCAAUCAUGGUGGUGCAUCUACAAUCCAACCACCAUAUAAACGGCCAUCAAGUAUUGAAGCAGACUCUAUGGGUCACGAUCAUACAGUUGAUUCAUUAGCUGCCUCUCCCAUGGGUGUGGUUUCUCACGCAUCUAACCAUAUUCCCCCUCAGCAACAUAAGGUGCAUCGAUCCAACACAAAUAAUAUGCUAACAGACCCGCUUAAUGCAGUGCAGUUUUUAGUUGAGACUGAUGGCGAUGUACAUAAUACUCAAACUAGCAAUAAAGAAGAUCCAGCAGACGACUUGAAAAACGAUCAUUUCGAUGCAGAUUUAUUACUAAAGCUCAAGGAAGCCAGCAAAGAUCAAUAA